ACGCUGCAGGAAUGGGGGAGGGUUACUCCCGCCUUUCAAAUUCGAAUCCGUCACAGGGGACCGGGGACGACGGGAGGCGGCAGGUGAUGUCCCGGCGACACCAUCCGCUCUUGCCGCUGCCCGCCCGCUGGGCGCUCCCGUCCCCCACCCCCGGCCGUUGGCAGCGUCGCCGCCACGCCCCGCCGAGCGCCCCCUGCGGCCCGGCGGCCGUCGCGGCGGGGUGGUGCGGUGCGGGCCGUGCCGGACCGGGCUGGGGGCGUGUGGCGGCGGUAGUGGAAGGUGGUGGGGAUGCAGCAUGGGCGAGUCGCCGGGAGCCCUGUACCGCACCACCGGCUCCACCUUGCUACACCCGCUGAGUGGGCUGCUGGGCAUCCCGCUGGACCAGAUCAAUUUUGUAGCCUGUCAACUGUUCGCCCUUUUGGCUGCGUUUUGGUUUCGUAUUUACUUGGGUCCCAAUCAUGCCAGCUCUGCUGUUCGCCAUGCAUUUGCCACCCUCUUUGGAAUAUACUUUGCUGUCUUCUGCUUUGGGUGGUAUUCCAUUCAUCUUUUUGUCCUGGUGAUGAUGAACUAUGGCAUUAUGAAUAUGGCGAGUAUUGCCAACAUUCACAGGUACUCCUUUGUGGUAGCCAUGGGAUACCUCACGUUGUGCCACAUAAGCCGAAUAUACAUAUUUCAUUAUGGUAUUCUCACUACAGAUUUUUCCGGUCCGCUGAUGAUAAUUACACAGAAGAUCACAACACUUGCAUGCCAGUUACAUGAUGGAAUAGGACGACAAGCUGAGGAACUCACUGCUGAGCAAAAUCGGCUUGCUGUAAAGACAAGACCUUCUUUACUGGAGUAUUUAAGUUAUCUCCUCAAUUUUAUGAGCAUCAUAGCUGGGCCUUGCAGCAAUUACAAGGAUUAUGUAGCCUUCAUUGAAGGGAGGCAUGUGCACAUGAAACUACUAGAAGUGAACUGGAAGCAGAAGGGUUAUGACAGACUUCCUGAUCCUUCUCCAACUGGAGCAGUGAUGUACAAGCUGUGUAUCACACUGGUAUCUCUCAUUUUAUUCUUGACGCUUACCAAGAACUUUCCUAUGGCGUAUAUUAUUGAUAAUGAAUUCCUUGAUAACACACCCUUCUUGUCAAGACUUGGUUACCUGUAUGUGGUAACACAGGCAGCAAAACCAAAGUAUUACUUUGCAUGGACAUUGGCAGAUGCAGUCAACAAUGCAGCUGGCUAUGGCUUCAGUGGAGUUGAUGAGAGGGGCACUUUCCGCUGGGACCUGUUGUCCAAUUUGAAUAUCUGGAAUAUUGAGACUGCAACAAGUUUUAAGAUGUACAUUGAAAACUGGAACAUUCAGACAGCUGCCUGGCUAAAACGCGUUUGCUACGACAGAGCUCCUUGGUACCCUACGGCGUUAACAUUUGUCCUGUCGGCCCUGUGGCAUGGUAUCUAUCCUGGAUAUUAUUUUACGUUUCUCACUGGAAUCCUUAUCACACUUGCAGCCAGAGCAAUAAGAAACAACUGCAGACAUUACUUCCUCUCGUCAGUGCCUCUCAAGAUCACCUAUGAUGUUCUUACCUGGGUUGUCACCCAACUGGCCGUUUGCUAUACUGUUGCACCGUUUGUUAUGCUGGCUGUUGAGCCCACAAUUAAGUUUUACAAGUCUAUGUAUUUUCACAUGCACAUUCUAAGCGUCCUGGUGUUGCUUGUGUUACCAAUGAGACCUCAAGCCCACUCCGUAAGAAAGCCUCAGAAUCAGGCCGUGCAGAACUCUGUUAAAAGCAAAGACAAAUGAUGCCUCCAAAGAAAAUUGCCAGCUUUGGGAAGUUGGAUUAUUGUGUUGGAAACAAACAAAGAAGAAGGAAUGCGGGUGGAACGAGGGUCAGAAUGGGUCAGACAUGUGGCAUUUCUGUUGGUUAUCUUAAAAACUUACUGGACAGGGCAGACAAGAGCCUGGACAGGGCAGACAAUUACUCCAGUCAGCAGAGCUUUUACAGGCAACGUUUACAGGCUCAUGGGGCAUUUUAUUUUCUUUUUUUUAAGAACUAUUUUUAUGAAGGUUUUUUUUUAAUAUAUUUAAACUUUUUCACACAGGCAUUUUUGCUCUUUUACAGAGAUAUGCAAUUAUUAGUCGAUGAUUUUGUGAUCAGAGGGACAGGAAGCACCCAGAAAAUACUUAGAGCAGCUGCCUGAUGGCCUGGUGCUGUGGACAGCUGGAAGGGGAUGUUUUUCAUUCUCUAACUAUGGAAAGAGAUGGUGCAAGUAGAAGACUGUGGACAUGGAAUUGUUCAAGGUGCUGGUGCUGACUUCUGCCUCUGUGGGGAAAAUAGGGAGAAGGGGUUUCCUGAGCAGUCUGCAGAGCAGGGACUGCAGCCUGAGCUAGGUAACAAAGGUAUUACACAUCCUUCAAUGUGAUACCUGCUGGUAAUGAGGGCAAGACAGGUCCCUCCCCAAAGAUAUUUUGCCAGUUAGCCAGUGUAAGAGUCUGCUUCUGUGAUUGUGACAGAGGAAACUGGGGGCCACAGGUUCACUGUGAGAUCUUGGAUAUGCCAGUCAAUAUGCAUCUAUCUUUCUACUCCCAGUGCUUUCUAACUGGUCUAUAAACCUUCCUGCAAUACUAAUACUGAUGAUAAAUGGAGAGUCAUAUGCUACAAUGUGUCUGUGUGGCCUUGCCUAAGAAAUUGAUAUGAUUUUAUGCUUCCUUUUCCCUGACCUGCAGAUGUCUGGGAGCACUGGGGACUGGAUAAGCCAAAAUAUAAAGUCAAGUAAAAGCAAAAAGGAAGAGAAGGGAGGGAAACCCAAUCUAGGGUAAAAGAAGGGACAUAUACCCUGUCAUCUGUAGAGCUGUGCUUCUCUAACGAUGCAGCUGGUGUCAUUGUUACACCAGCCUUACUUUGUGGUUUUAGCAUGACACAGCACUUCCAUUUGGGUAUCAAAAGAACUGAGGACUUGUGCAGAUUCUGUAUUUUAAAGCUUGCAAUUAUGGGUUAAAUCUGAGAAAGAUUUGUAACUGAUUGAGCUGCUCUAUUCAGAAAACAUCCUUUCUUAGGGAGGGGUGACUUCCCAGCAGGAUAACACUAAUAUGCAACCCGAACAGUAAUUUAUCAUAGUUAUAAUAAAUCAUUCUCUACAGAAUAUUGGGAUGUGAUAUGAUAAUGAUCAUCACAACAGUCAAGACCAAGUCCUUGUAUGAUCAUGAUAUGUGACUUAGCAUGUUGAUGCAAGUCUCCUUGCUUGUAAAUUCCUUGGCUUACAGGGAUGUUUUGAGGCUUAAUUUCUCCAAGCUUGUACAUUGAGAUGACCUGCUGCAAAAUGCUGUGCCAGGUUUUUUAUAUUUCACUUCUUUUAAAAUCCACUUACCCCAAUAAAACAGACUGAUAUGACACAUCAAAGCCAACUAAAACUUUGUUCUCCUUUUAAAUGACUGUUACCCAGGAAUGCUUUUAUCAGGAUUUUCUAGAAGAAAUUCCCUUGUUGAAGUGUUGGUGUUGCUUUAUGAUUUAAAUGAUGUGUGAUUGAGCAAAGAAUCUCCUGUUCAUGGCAUUCUGAUUUUCGUGUCAGACUAAGAUUUUGCAGAGUCCUAAUGUUUUGGGGAGAAGCAAAUUGGUGAAACCAAAACAAAAAAGGUGAGUUUUUUGUUUGCUUGGUCUUUUGGUUUUGCCCCUUUUUUAUGUUCCCUCUGGUGGAAUGUUUUUAUUCUGUGACCACCUCAUGAUUUAGAGCAUCGUUCAUGGGAGAGUUUAUUUGAUAAUUUAUUUAGAAGGCGAGAUGGGAUUAAAAGUUUGAUCUGAAUAAAGAAAUUGCUUUGUGUCACCACCUGGCAUUAUUAAUCACAAACAUCUACUGCAGAAAUGGGUGAAUGGGGGUGAGAUCCCUUGCUGGGUAUUGCAGAGCAGUUGGGCUUUAGAUCCUGCUCCUGCUGAAAUGGUGGCAAGAUGAACCCUGUUUGUUUUUGUGGCAGCUUGUCUCUGACAUGGACAGUCCUAAUUUGUGCAAGUGUCCUUGUGACAGCAGUUUUAGUAGCAACUUGAGCAUAUAAUGUUUCCCUUGAGAUCUGGCUGUGCCACUCCUUUUUCUUGUGGAAGCUGAACCAGGGCGCAUCCCCUGGGACAAUGGGGCUUUGGGUGCUGCUGGUCAUGGGAUCCCAUCGGCUGAAGCCAUCCUGUGUUUACCUCCAGAAACUGGAACAAAUAGUUAUGAGUGUUGGCAGAGCCAGCAUAAUGCACAUUAACUCUGGGCUUCAGAAAACCUGCAGAAGGUAGAUGCUUCAAGCAGGUUGGCUUCAGCACCUGCUUUUGGA